UCUUUUAACGGUUUACUAUAAAAAAAUAUCUGCAGCAAUCAAUUUUAAGAGUUAAUUUUCAGUCUUGCAAGAGAAAAAAAAAAUUUGCCGUAACGGUAAAAGCACUUGGGAUAAAACAACGAGAGCAAUAGUAAUUCCUCUUCGGUAUUUCCAAGAAGCAUUUCCAGGAUUCUCCAUUUGGUCCAGGAAGUACGUAAUAAAAAUGUGAGAGGACAAUUCAGGGACGUUGGUGAAGCAGGAGAGAUGGAGUAAACAUGCAGAGGAUGGAAAAGAGAUGUUAAAUAUUGAGAGAAAUCGGAGAGGGUGUUUGGAGCAAUAGAGAUGGAAGAAAUGAGGAGAGAAGUCCUUUUGCCAGUGGGUAAAGUGAAUAGGAGAGUAAGAAUGGAGUCUUUGUGGAAUAUUGAAUGGCAUGGAUAUAAAGGGUAUCUUGCUGUGAAAGGUGUAUCUAUUGAGUUGAAACGUAUGCGGUCAGCAUUCCUGGUAAAAAGAAGCUGAGGAAACACGUGCAGAUGAAUCUUCCAGCGAGCUCAGUCUUCAAACGAAUACUGAACCGACAACAUCAUCUCUUCUCUUCAAUAUUUCAAUAUUAUACCUCAGUGGUCUAGCUAGUGGUCUAGCUCCAGGUCUAAAUCCCAGUGGUCAACUCAGCCAAUUGAAAAUUUUUCUAAACUCGAGUUCGUGGUUGUCAUAUCAUGGCUAAUACAUAUUAUUUCGCACUUUUGGUCAUCCUGGUCUCCGGUUCUUAUGGAAUCUUUCAUCACAGAGACAGCAAAUAUUUGAAUCACGUCCACUUGGUGUACCAGUUCAAGUGCUCAUUACCUCAGCUACGGGCAGUUCCGGUUGAGGAAUUGUUAUCGGUUGGACCGGGUCCUGAUGAGAUUUUCUACCCGAGGGAGACGAUCCUGGCGAGGUGUGCUGGUGCUGGCUGUUGUCUCGGGAUUAAUCAGGUGUGUGGGCCAAUUGAAACGAGAAAUGUCAGUCUUGUAUUCCUGGUGAAACACCGAGUGGAUCGCCAGAGAGAUCGACAUCACGAGACUCUUCAUGUUGUGGAACACACCAAAUGUGGAUGCAUUGAUCGUGAUAAACUGGAUGAAUCAUUCAAUGAAAUUUAAAUAAAUCAUCAAACCCCGAAGAUUUCGUCUGUGAUACUCGACAAAAAAAAACGACAAAAUAAUUUAAGCCAUCGCUUCUCAAAAAGAUAAAAAACAA